AUGUCGUUCUGGUUUCUCUGUGAGAGUUGUAUCUUCCCUGUGAUCCAGCAGACUGUCAACACUACUGUGCCUUUGAUGCUAGCCAGUUUUGUAUGCAAGCUUGUAUCCAGCCUCUCAUCUUCAGGUCGUGAUGAAACUGCUGUUCCCAAGUUAAUGGUGCAUAUAUCAAGUGCUUUAUUUGGUCUUUACAUCCUUUAUAACUUCUUUCAACUCACUAUGCUUUACCUCAUCAUUAGUGCCAUUCUUGGUUAUAUUGUGAUUACUAUAACCAUGUUCAAGUGUCGAGCACAUUGUGGGACAUGUAUAUCUCUUCUUAUUGUUGUGGUCAUUAUAUCAUUGGAAUUAUUCAUUGUUGAUACUGCCUCAUGGCAUAAAAUUAGAGGUUCACAAAUGAUUAUGUCAAUGAAAAUAAUCUCUCUAGCUUUUGAUAUAAGUAACUGUGCAAUAGAUUAUCUGCCAGAUAUUUGGCAAUAUCUGGGUUAUGUCUUUAAUGUAGGAACUGUGAUAUUUGGGCCUUGGAUCAAUUUCCAAGAAUAUUGUAAUAUAACUCAACAACAUCUACGUCCCCUGAGUUUUUCAUGGAUGCUGAAACUAGUGAAAAGCUGUAUUGCAGCCAUGCUAUGUUUAGUGAUUUCUUCUUGUUUUCUAAUGUGGAUAAUUCUGGAUCACCAUUGGAAGUGGUUCUUGGCCUACAGAGAUGCCAUGUCAUUCAGAUUUAGUCAUUAUUUUGUCUGUUAUUUGUCAAUAGGAUCUUACACCAAUGGUUUUUGGAUUUUUUCUUUUCCCUGGAGGGUGAAAUGGUAA